CCAUGUCUCAGGGUUGUCUUGGAAAAAGACCUGUACUUCACUGCAAGAAGGAAAAGAGAAUGAUGGCAGAAAUGAAGGCAUCACCUCUUAAACAUUUUGUCACAGCGAAGAAGCUCAAUGGGAUAUUUGAACAGCUGGGGGCCUACAUCAAGGAGAGUGCUGCCUUUCUGGAAGAUACUUACCAGAAUGAAGAGUUGAACCCAGUCACCACUGAGGAGCAGGUCCAGGAGGUCCAGGGUUACCUCAUCAAAGUAGCAGGGAUUGGAGAAGUGCUCGCUCGUCGACAAAUGAAGGUGGUCUUCUUUGGAAGGACCAGUAAUGGAAAGAGUUCGGUGAUCAAUGAUAUGUUAUGUGACAAAGUACUGCCGUCUGGGAUCGGUCACACCACCAACUGCUUCCUGAAGGUGGAGGGCACGGAUGGCAGCGAAGCCUUCCUCUUGACUGAAGGCUCAGAGGAUAAGAAGAGCAAACAGACGGUGAACCAGCUGGCCCAAGCGCUCCACCAGGAUGAGGACCUGGAUGCUGGUAGCAUGGUUUGUGUCAUGUGGCCUAAAGCGAAGUGUGCUCUGCUCAGAGAUGAUUUGGUGUUGGUUGACAGCCCAGGCAUUUAUGUCACCACUAAACUGGACAGCUGGAUUGACAACUUUUGCCUUGAUGCUGAUUUCUUUGUUCUGGUGGCAAACUCUGAAUCCACCCUCAUGCAGACGGAGAAGUCCUUUUUCCACAAAGUCAAUGAGCGUCUCUCCAGUCCCAACAUAUUCAUCCUCAACAACCGUUGGGACGCGUCAGCCUCAGAACCUGAGUACAUGGAAGAGGUUCGGAGGCAGCAUAUGGAUCGCUGCACCAACUUUUUGGUCGAUGAGUUGGGCGCGGUCGACCGAGCCCAAGCCAGCGAUCGCAUUUUCUUUGUCUCUGCCAAAGAAGUUCUUCAGGCUCGGCUGCAAAAAUCCCAAGGAAUGCCAGAAUCAGGUGGAGCUCUCGCAGAAGGAUUUCAAGCCAGGAUGUUUGAGUUCCAGAACUUUGAGAGGAGAUUUUGA